AGUCUUUAGUACGACAUUAUGGACCAAGAACCAUCACAGGAGUGACUGUGUGUCAUUAGCGCGGUUAUUAUUGAAUUUGGAUUUAGUGUUGAAGUUGACUUUACGGAGAACAAUUUAAUUAAUCGUUUUGCCUUCUGCAUUAAAAAAAAUAAUAAAAAGAUCAUAAUGUCUUCAAAGUGCGUCAUAAAAUUUGAUAAUAAUCCUGAAGGAAUAUAUGAGUCGGGAGAGCUUUUAACUGGUGCAGUUGAACUAACCACUGUAAAAGUUAAAGUGAUAAGAGGAAUUCACGUAACAAUCAACGGCUAUGCAAAAGUACGUUGGAAGCAGCAAGCCGCACAGAUGAGGCGAAGGCAGAAGACCCAAGACAUAGUUACGUACUGCAGCAAUCAGCAAUAUCUAUCGUCUAGAACUUAUGUAGUAGGGGAGCCAGAGGGUGAUACUUUUGACCUGCCAGCAGGUACAUACUUGUAUCGUUUCCAAAUUCAAUUACCGUCAGAUCUUCCAAGCUCCUUCGAAGGACAGUAUGGAAAUAUUCGUUACGAAGUUGUUGUGCGCAUUGAUCGUCCCUUUAAAUUUGAUAAUAUUUUCACACAUCCUUUCACUGUUAUUACACCGUUGAACUUAAACUCGGAUCCCACAUAUAAGAAACCAGAAGAGCAAAGCGUCGAGAAGGCGUUUUGGUGUGGACUGUGUGGGUCGAAUCCGCUUAUCGCCAAAGUAAUCCUUCCGCAGAAAGGAUAUGCUCCUGGGCAGGACAUUCAUUUUGUACUCAGUAUCGACAACGCAGCGUCUAUAAGCUGUACGGAUGUUAUCGUUACCUUAGAGAAAAAUGCGUGCUACACUAGCCACUAUCCAGCAACUGAGAAAAGAUACGACAACAUUAAACUUUUCGAGAAGAAUCUUGGUCCAGUGCCGAAAACGCAGCAAAGAGAGUUUCAUGACUUCAUCACAUUGCCAGUCAUUCCUCCAACGUUAGUCAAUGUCUGCAAGGUCAUCCAAGUGACUUAUCGUUUGAACUUCGACAUUCGAGUAUCAGGAUGUCAUCGAAAUGUGGAAGUGGCUGUACCUAUUGUUGUCGGCACGAUUCCAAUACUGAGCGAAGAUGACAGAGUCAUUCAGUCACAACCGUCAGCUCCUAAAUUGGAUGAAGACGAAAUCAGUUCGCGUUUUAAUUGGCCUUUUGUUUCACCACCUUCAUACGAGGAAGCUGUCCGGACAGGCAACCGAUUUGUUGACGAGGAGGCGGACAGGCAUUCCAUUCACAAGUCUUAUAUGCCGAAAUAUCCGGUGUACUAUAACUGUAAAACGCCUUCCCCAUAAAUACUAAUAAAUUAGGAAAACUAUACGUAAUUA